CCUUAACUGAGAGGGAGACGCCACGGGAGGCAAGAAGGGAGCGAGAGGAAGAAGAGAGCGGUAGGAAGAAAUACAUUUGGACUCAGGUUAUACACACAAGCGACGUCUCGAGAUGUCGAAGAAAAAGGAUCCCAGCUCCGUGAAGUUAAACAAGACUCAGGCCCAAGAACUGGCCAUGCUGGUUUCUCGCAUGCAAAAGAAUGCAGACCAAGUGGAGAAGAAUAUCCUGCGAUCAGAGAAACUGCUGGCUGUGGACACAGAGCGAAAGGGGAAUAACGAACAACUGCUCCACAAGAAGGAGAAUGCAGAAAACCUGGCCCAGGCCGAGGGGCUGCUCAAGGACCUUUUCAUGGACGUGGGCGGAGCCAAGAAGCUUCAACACCCUCAGGCUAACGAGAUUGAGAGAGAUGUGGGAAAUCUCCACAGUCGCUGGGCCAAUGACUGCGCUACCUUCAGGGAAUUGUACGACUCGGUACAAGACGUGGACCGGACCCAAAAGAUUGGCUGGGGUCCUCUGUUUGAUGAGAAGCUGAAACAGCUGAGAGCAGAGGCAUACGGCCCCAAGCUUUCUGAUGUAGAGAGGCAGAUAGCAGCUCAUAACCUUCGCCAUCAGGAGAUCAAGGCCUACGAAGACCAGCUGAAGCCCAGCACUACCCUCUCACAGGAGCAGUACGCCGCCCUCAAAGAGAAAUACGCUGAACUUUUUGAGAGCUCCGAGCGACGGCGCAACCACCUGGCUUCUUUAUACGAGUACAUGCAAAGCUGCAGCAAGGAGCUGAUCUACCUGUCGAGCCAGCAGGAUAGGAUCCUCCAGAGAGACUGGAGUGAUCGCAUGGUUGACCCGCCGAGCGUCCGCAUGGAGUAUGAGAAAUUCAAAACUAACGGACUGUUAGCACACGAGCAAGAAGUCAACCAGCUGCAGGAGGAAGGAGAUAACCUCGUUAAGAUGAAACACCCCGGCAGCCCAACCAUAAAAGCACACAGAGAUACGGUACAAGCUGAAUGGCAAGGCUUUCUCAACCUGUGUCUGGCACAGGAAGUACACCUGGACAAUAUUGACAACUACAAAAAGUUCCAGUUGGAUGCAGAAAGGUUGUCAGAAUCUCUGGAGAGACUCAGCUCGACUCUGGACUCAAAGUCCACGGAGAACAAGACCAACCCUGAGAUCCUGUUGGCACUCGAGGGAGAUGAACCAGCAGUGAAGAGGAAUGAGCAGCGCCUGGCUGCCCUCAGGGAACUUAGCGAUAGCGUCGUGCCUCUGAAGUUGCGCAGAAUGCAGCUCAGCAAACCGACCACUGUAAUAUCCCUGUGUGACUGGAUCGAUGAAGAGGGUGCAGUACGACGUGGUGAGAAGCUAACCCUGAAGUCCAACUCUGAUAAUAACAACUGGAAGCUUCAGGACAGCAGUGGGAAAACCAAAACCCUCGCUGCAGCAUGUUUUAUGAUCCCACCACCUGAUCCUGAGGCCUUGGAGACAGUGAACAGUCUGGACAGACAGCUGGCUGACCUAAAGCGUCGUAGAUCUGCUCUGAUAGCCUCCUUAAAGAGCCCUGCUGUAGAGGUGAUUCAGCCUCAGAAAGCAGUUGCUGUUAAAAGUGCUCCAGAGGAUCCCAGAGUUGCAGAGCUCCUCAGUGAAUUAGGCAAAAUCAAUAAAGCCCUGGAUGCGAUGGAAAAAGAUAUCCUGAGGCGAGCGAGGACCCCGCUAGACAACCGUAACCCGACUCGGGACCUGGCAAACAGAUUGCAAGAGCAUGAGAAAUCGGCACUCGCUGUGAAGAAGCUAGAGUCGGAGAAAUCUGCCAUCCAGAGAGAGGUGGAUCCUAUUCUGGCUAAGAAACCUCUGGGUCCCACCGCCUCUGCCCUGCCACCUAAACUCAGCGCCACCAACAAAAAGUUUGAUGACGUCAAUGCUCUCAUCGACCUUUAUAAUAAAAAAGCAACAGCUUCCAUGUACUUAGAGAAAGAGAUACAGAACGUAGAGGGCGUUGUCUCUGGGUUUGAGAAAGAACUGGCUAAAGACGGCACCAUUCUUGACCAACCAAACUCUCUUCAGAGUCGCAACGAGAAGCUUCAGGAAAUGAGUAAAGAUGUAGCGUCAAAGAAAGAUGAGCUGAAGAAAUUAGGCAAAGAAUUGGACCUGACAGAGCAGGCGUGCAACUCUCUGCAGCAGAAUCUCAAUGAAUAUUGUCCCGACAUCCGCCGGCAGGAGAACCAGGUGAAGAACCUGAAGAACCGUUACACAAGCGUCAAUAGCCAGCUUCAGGAGAGGUCUGCUCUUGUGCAGCAAGCAGUCAAUAAAAAUCAGGAUUUCCAGAAUGCCGUUCAGUCGCUGGACUUCUUCUUGGUCAAUUUGCCAGAUAAUAAGAUCAAACCUACGGACAGAGUGACAGAAAUUACAAGCAAGGAGAAUGCUCAGAAGAGAGUGGUAGAGGACAUCAAGAAGAAGUCAGGUGAUUUAAACCACGUCAAGGACCUUUCCCGCAAUCUGCAAAAUGUCUUAAAUGACUAUGAGAUCAAGUCAAACACUUACCGUGCCAUUGUGACGGAUAAUGAUGGUGCUGAUGAGGAUGAAGAUGAGAGUGAAGAAAACGUCGACGAGAGACCAGUUUCACUGAAACGUCAGACUUCAACUCUGGCUCAGGCGAUACAGAGAACGGAGAAAGAUCUGUUGAACCGCUACGCUGAGGUGUCUGCAGAGAACAACCAGUUACUAAAUCAGUUGGGUACAGCAAAGAACAUCAAGGCUAUGAAUGAAGAGAAAAUCAGUCAGGUGGCUGUCACUCAGCAGCUGCAGCUCCAGAGCCAAAUGAAAGACCAGGAGCAAAGCGAUAGUUUGAAAAAGGAAUUAAGUGAGGAGGUCAGCAGGCGUCUUCAUGCUGAAAACAACCUGGAUACAUACCGCCAGAGGUUUUUGUCUCUGAAGAACAGGAGAGGAGUGGAGAGGUUGGAGGAGAAGGAGGUGGUGCAAUAUUACCGCGAUCCCAAACUGGAGAUGGAACUGCAGUCGCUGAAAAGUCGGAUCGAGGAUGAAGCACUGAAAAGGUCAGCCACCAAAACAGAGAUUGAAAUCAUCAGUGAGAAGCUUAUCAAACUGGAGCUGCAGCUGAGCAAAGUCGAGCCUAAACUAGUGACGAAGAUCCUCACCGAAUAUGAGAAGGACCCCCAGCUUGACAAAGAAGCAGCUAAGCUUCGAGACGAGAUUCAGAGGUUACGCCUGGAACUCCAAACGAGGAACACAGAAGCAGUUCAAGUGAAAAAAGAGAUAACUGUUCUGGCUCAGCAGAAACCAAAAAUCAUAGAGAAAGUUGUUAAAAAGGAAGUGGUGAGGCUUGAGAAAGAUCCAGAGAUGCUGAAAGCUGUUCUUCUGUUCCAGAGUGAUAUUGCAGAGGAGGAGUACCGAUGCAAGGCCCUCAAUGAUCACAUUUUUAGCACAAGGAGCCAAAUAAACACACUGGAGAGGGUCAUUCCCACCAUCCAACCCAAGGUUAUUACCAAGGUUGUGAGCCAGGUACAACAAGAUCCGGAAACGGUUGAAGAGUCAAACAAGCUGCGGAUGGCUUUGGAAGAAGAGAAGGAUGAAAACGUUAUCUUGAUGAAAGACCUCACCACCCUUCAGUUACGUUACAGUGAACUGAAGAAUCUCAGGCCAAAGGUGGAGGUGAAGGAAAUCAUCAACGAGAUUUACAGAGUUGAUCCCGAGACAGAGGUUGAGAUGAUACGUCUGAAAAAAGAGAUGCAGGAUUCAAGCCAAAACCGCACAGACAUGGAGAAAGAAAUUGACACAGUGACGAAAACUCUGGUUACACUGCGGGCUCAGAAGCCCAAGGUGGAGUACAAGGAGGUGACCCAAGAGGUGAUCAAAGAAGAAAAGAGUCCCGAAGUCAUCAGGGAAUUACAAAGGCUGAACAACCAAAUGAACCGUCUGCAAGUCAACUAUGACACCACCAUAGAGCUUCUGACCCACCUGCGUAAAGAAAGGGAUGAGCUGAAAGCUGAAAAAACUAAAGUGGAGACACAGCUAGUGAAUAAAGAAGUCAUCAAAUAUGAGGAUGAUCCUCUUCUGGAGAAAGAAGCUGACAGGUUUCGACGGAACCUCAGAGAAGAGAUUCAGCACCGCCGAUCUUUAGAGGAAUGUCUCUUUGACCUGCAGAACCAAUACAUCACCCUCGAAAGGCAGAAGCCAGAGGAGAAAAUUCUAACACAAGAGGUGGUUCGCCUUCAGAAGGACCCUAAGCAGAUCCUGGAGCAUGAGAAAUUAAACAAGAAACUGGAUGAUGAAACAAAAACCCGCAGAAAACUUGAACUGGAAGUCAGACAACUCAGAGCUCUGAUUCAAGAUAAAGAGAAUAUGCUGGCUCAGCUGGAUGAUCGUCAGAAGAAGAUCCAAGUAGAGUCAGAGCUGAGACAGAUUAAAGCUCGUAUUCUUGAACUGGAGAAUGCCCCACCACCCGUUGAGGAAAAAAUUAUUGUCGAGGAGGUCUUGAAAGUGGAGAAGGAUCCUCAGCUGGACAAACUCAUUGGUAGUAUACAUGGCAACUUGGAGACAGAGAGCAAUGAAAUCAAUCGUUUAGAGAGAGAAAUCCGCAACAUAAAGCUCAAGCUUGAAAUUCUGCAAAAGGAAAAAUCAAUUGAGAAGGUUGUUUACAGAGAAGUUGUCCGUGUGGAGAAAGACCCAGCAGUUGAAGCUGAAAGGGAACAACUCAGAGAGCUAGUAACAAAGGAGAGAAAUCUCAGGCGGAACCAAGAAGACAACAUUCAAAGCAUGCACCUCAAAAUGACCCAUCUGCAGACGUCAAAGUCUGUGACUUCUCAGGAGGAGACCACUCUCAUUUCCAUGAGAGAUGCUCUGCAGAGAGAUAAGGAAGAUCUCCUGAAGCAGCUCAAAGCCUUAGAGUCCCAAAGACACAGCAUCAGCAUCACCUUCCAGCAACAGUCCAAGUUGAUGAGUGAGAGGAACCUGAUGGUACGGCAGAGAAGUCUUAAGACGUCCUCUGAAAUACAACGGCUUGAAAAAGAGAUCCUAAAAGAGAAGGACAAAAUACACGAGAAAGACAAACUCAUCAUCGAGAUGCUGGACAAAAUAAAGAAUGAGGACCGUUCUGAGACUCAAACCAGAGAGGCAAAUCUUUCCACCAAGAUCACCAUCAUGGAUCCCGAAACUGGUAAAGAUCUGUCACCCUACGAUGCCUACUUACAGGGACUAAUCGAUCGAAACCAGUACAUCAAACUGUCAGAGCUGGAGUGUGACUGGGAGGAAAUCACUUCAACUGGUCCAGGUGGAGAUACAAUCCUUUUGCACGAUCGAAAAAGUGGGAAUCAGUACUCUGUGAAGGAUGCUCUGAGGGAGGGCCGUUUGACUCAACGUGACGUGAGCCGCUACAAGGAAGGGAAAAUGCCCAUUUCUGAGUUUGCUCUCCUCGUUGCAGGCGAAAGAAGCAAGCCCUACGUUCCUCCAUUAAUGCCGAAAUCUCCCACUAAAACAAUCCCAUCCACUCCUACCAAACCCAUCUCAGCCUCUCCCUUGAGCUCCAUGUCUUCAUCUCUGAGGUCCUCCUACACUAACCUAAACACUCAAUACAGCGGCAGUCUCGGCAGUCUGACCAACCUCAGUGCUUUACCAGGUGAUGAGUUUUUCCCAAUCUCUGGCAUUUUUGAUACCACCACCGAAAGCCGCAUGUCUGUGAGAAGUGCCCUCACCCGCGGUCUCAUUGAUGCCGACACUGCUCUAAAGCUGCUGGAGGCACAAGCAGCCACCGGCGGAAUAGUUGAUCUGGGCAAAAAGGACAAGCUGUCUGUCCACAAAGCAGCUGAACAGGGCCUCAUUGACACAAACCAAAAGUAUAAGCUUCUGAAUGCCCAGAAGGCCUUCACCGGAGUCGAGGAUCCUACGACCAAACAGCGUCUUGCUGUAGGACAGGCAGCACAGAAAGGGUUCAUUCCCCAAGAAAAUGCCAGGAGGUACUUAGAGGCGCAGUAUCUGAUCGGCGGGUUGGUGGAUCCCACCAAAGCAGGCCGCCUCACUGUCAAGGAAGCUCUCGCCACCGGGCUGAUUGACAGCACAACGGCAAAAGAUCUGCAAGAUGAGGCUUCCCACACAAAGGAGCUGGUGGACCCCAUCAGUAAAGAGAAGAUAUCAUACAAACAGGCGAUGGAUCUGUGUAGAAAAGAUAUCAGCACAGGCCUCUUGCUCCUUCCUGCAACCUCCACUGACGGCGCAAAUGCUCCAUCAUACUCAAACUUCCGUUUCUAGGAAGUUUUAAAGUCUAGAUUUUGCUAAAGAUUUUAUUUUCUACAGACACUGGUGCUAGAGGGUGCAUGAAAAGUCUAAUUAACAUAUUUAGUUGGGAAAGAAAAGGAGAAAGACAGGUGUUCAUAUGUUUUGAAAACAAUGGAAAAAAGUCUGGUAGAGCUGCAUGCUUUUAUCUGUUUCUUUUUUUCCAGUUCUAUUGUUGGUCUGCUGUGAAAACAAAGUUAUUUUUUGUUAUGUAUGUGCUGCAUAGGGUCUUAUUAAAAUGCUUCACUUUGA